GGUUUGCAAUUCGGUACGGCGAUUAUGACGUACAAUCCGUGCGACGGCCAAGGAACUGUUGCUAGAAACACAUGGCAGAUAGCGAGGUGGUGUAGGUUUUGUGGGUUCAGAAUUAACCAGAAGUAUUUUAAUAUCUCAUGGACUGCUGAGUUAUCCCGGGAAUACAUCGAAUAAUGACAAGCAACACCCUGCAGUUCAAAACUAACUUCGCUGUUUCCAGCAAAAUUGAACCGUUUUACAAAGGAGGAAAGGUUCAGAUCAGUAAAGAUGGAAAAUACAUUUUUUGUACCUGUGGUACAAAAGUCAAUAUCCUGGACAUUGCAACAGGACGAGUCUCUCACAGCAUUGAGCAGGAUGACCAAGAAGACAUUACAUCAUUUACUGUCAGCCCAGAUGACAAGAUUCUGGUGACGAGUAGCCGUGCCCUGCUGCUGAAGCAAUGGGACUGGAGAGAGAACAAUUGCACUCGCACCUGGAAAGCUGUCCACACAGCACCAGUGGCCAGCAUGACCUUUGACCCCACCUCUACUCUCUUGACUACAGGAGGCUGUGACAGCACCAUCAAGGUCUGGGAUGUGGUGAAACAGUACUGCACUCACAACCUCAAGGGAUCCUCUGGAGUCGUUCAUGUUGUGGAAUUCCAUCCUGAUAUCUCCCGGCUGCAGCUCUUCUCCUCCUCGAUGGAUUGUAAGAUCCGUAUCUGGGACCUGAAGUCCAGCAAGUGUGUGUCUGUCCUGGAGAGCCACUACAGUGCUGUGACCUCGCUGUCGUUCACUCCUGAUGGCAACACGCUUGUCAGUUCCGGCCGGGAUAAAAUCUGCACUGUAUGGGAUCUGAAAACAAAGACACCCACAAGGACUGUACCUGUUUUUGAGACUGUGGAAGCGGUUGUUCUGCUGCCAAAGCAAGGGGACUUCUCCAAACUGGGAGUGAAGAGUAAAGAGCCCCAUUUCAUCACUGCUGGAAGCAAGGGUGUGCUGCGGGUGUGGGAGGCUAGCACUGCCCGCUGUGUCUUCACCCAGACUGUAUCAGCCAGGCCCCAACCAGUGGAGGUGGGGGGAGGGGAGGAGCCAGAUGAGCACAGCCUCACCCACUGCUUGCUGCUGCCCGCUACCAAUCGGAUCGCCACGGUGACCGCCGAGCACAACUUCCUGCUGUCCGACCUGUACACGCUGGUUCUGGAGCAGCAGUUUGUGGGCUACAACGAUGAGGUUCUGGAUGUGAAGUUCCUGGGCCCGGCUGACUCUCAUAUUGUCGUGGCGACAAACAGCCCUCAGCUGAAGGUCUUUGACCUGGCAACGUCAAACUGUCAGAUCCUGCACGGGCAUUCUGAGACUGUUCUAGCAUUGGAUGUGUUCAGAACUGGUUCCAUGUUUGCAAGCUGUGCAAAGGACAAGACCAUCAGUGUGUGGCAGAUGAAUAUAGAAACGGGGGUGGUAUGCUGUGUGGCGAAGGGAUCUGGACAUGCCAAUGCUAUUGGAAGUAUUUCCUGCUCCAGGAUGAAGCAGAGCUUCGUGGUGAGUGGCAGUCAGGACUGCACGAUAAAGGUCUGGGAUCUCCCAGAAUCCCUGGAAACGAGAGGAGGCAGCCCUGAAGUCCUGCAUGCACGUGUCACUGAGAAAGGGCAUGACAAGGACAUCAAUAGCAUUGCAAUCUCACCCAAUGACAAGCUGCUGGCAACGGGUUCCCAGGACCGGACUGCGAAGCUCUGGUCCUCUGCAGACCUCUCCCUUCUGGGGGUGUUCAAGGGGCACAAGCGGGGGAUAUGGUGCCUGCAGUUCUCUCCCAUGGACCAGAUCCUGGCCUCUUCCUCUGCCGACGGCACCGUCAAGCUGUGGGGGCUGCAGGACUUCAGCUGCCUCAAGACUUUUGAAGGUCACGAUGCCUCGGUGCUGAAGGUUAUUUUUGUGAGCCGUGGGACACAGUUGUUGACAAGCGGGUCUGAUGGGCUCUUGAAGCUGUGGACAAUCAAGACGAACGAGUGUGUGAAGACGGUGGACGCGCACGAGGACAAAAUCUGGGGGCUCCAUGGCAACAAGAAGGAUGACCUGGUGGUUACUGGCUCGGCCGACUCCUGCAUCACUCUGUGGAAGGAUGUCACUGAAAUUGAACUUGCUGAGGAACAAGCCAAGCAGGAAGACCAGGUCAUAAAACAGCAAGAGCUCUCCAACCUCUUGCAUGAGAAAAAGUAUUUCAAAGCUAUGGGCUUGGCAAUCUCCCUGAAUCAACCUCACACUGUACUCAUGGUCAUCAAAGGAAUUCUUGCAAAUGAGGAUGGCACAGAGCAGCUUGAAAAAACUAUUUUAAAAUUAAGACGGGAUCAAACGGAGUCUGUGCUGCGAUUCUGUGGGGUGUGGAACACCAACGCCAGGAACUGCCUGGAGGCCCAGGCGGUGGUGCAGGUCCUGCUGCAGCACGAGAGCCCCGAAGAGCUGCUGCAGUACAGCGGGGUCAGGGCAGCACUGGAGGGGCUCCUUCCAUACACCGAGCGACACUUCCAAAGGAUCAGCAGGCUGCUUCAGGCCUCAAUGUUUGUGGAUUACAUGUGGCAGAACAUGAGACUGACCGGCAAUGCCAGCUGUGGGGAAAACCAGGAUGAAGAAAUGGAGGACUCGUCUCUGGGCGGACCGGCACCGUCGUUCACAAUCGAUCCAAAUCCUAGCAUGGGCUUGGAUUCAGAGGGUGGGGACUCUGCAAGACUUGAGGAAGCUGAGAGACAGGGGCGAGGUGAGGUAGAGGAGGAGGAAGAGAGCUCUCAGCAAGAAGACGUAGAGAGUGAUGAUGAUGAUGUAAGCGCUGCCAACAAAGGUGUGAAGAGCAGGCAGGUGGGGUCUCCAGAGGAGGGUAAAGAGAACAUCGAGCCGGAGUCCAGCAGCGAGGGGGGUUCGGACAGUGAAGAACCGAUGGACGAGAUGGAGAACGAGGAGCAGAAGCUUGUUAGAAGAGAAACGGAAGCAAGACCGGAGAAGAUGACUGCCGGGAACCAAGCAGAAACACAAUCGGCAACCCCCCGCACCAGGGUGAUGAGACUGAGAAGGUGAAAGGACAGGACUGACAACCUGGAGAGCCUGGGAUUCAAUUCCCAGCUCUGUCAUUAACUUAGCGGGUAGUCAGUUUGAGCUCCUUGUCAGUCACUGCCACCAUAGACCAAACAAAAUGUAAUAAAUUGGCUAAUAGCGUCACACCUUGUGAGAUGCAGUGUCAAGAGGCAGGAGGUCCAUUGCAAAGGUUUCGUUGUUAAUGCCGUUUUCCUGCUAGCCACACAAUCUGAAAUGACUGAAUAUUGUACUGUAAGAUCACUAUUGUAACACCCCCAGUGCUUUUUCACCAGCAUGGGACACAAGUUUGACAAUUACACAGGCUACUGUAUUUAUCCCCUGCUCUCGCUCUCUCUCUCUGUCUCGCAUGCUCGCUCUCUCUCUUUCUCUCUCUCUCUCUCUCUCUCUCUCUCUCUCUCUCUCUCUCUCCCUCCCUCCCUCCCUCCAAAAUAACCAUCUCAAAACUCCUCCACCCCCAUUUUUUUACAGUGGGGCUAAUGAUCCUUUGAACAAUAGAACGCAUUACACUCAUAUCACACUCGUAUACAGUAGUUUAUUAAGCAAAUAGAAAGAGAUUACAAUAUACAGCUAUGGCCAAAAAUUUUGCAACUGAGAAUUUUAGGAUUGAGAUAUAAUUAAAAACUAUAUGAACAUAAUUUUAGAUAUUUUAUUUAACACCAUGGAAUCAAAGAAACAAAAUGAUAUUGCAAAAGUCUUCUAGAAACCAUAAUAGUAGUACAGUAUUUCAUGUUACAUUUUGAAAUGUCACAUUUUUCAAUUUUUCUUUUUAUUGUGUUGGAAACCUACAAAGCGGAAUGUAAUUCAAAAUGUUAACGUAACAUUAUUCAGCAGGUUUCAUUGACUUUUAUGAAGAAAAAUUUGUUAAUUCUAUUGGGCAAUGCAAAACCUUUGGCCAUAGCUGUACUGUACUGUAUACAAGACUGUUUCUGUCGAUUUGCCAUCAAAAGUAAUGAAACUGAACCGACAUUGCAUAAUUGUACAUUGUACAGUACAUUUCCUUAAAAUGAUUUCAAUUAUUUUUAGUUUUAUAAAGUUUAGAACAUUUUAAAAAGGCAAUCUGAAAAGAAACCAUACACUUGGAUAACGAGUCAUCUGUGAAUAUAAUUCUUAUGAAUAAUGCAAUAUUUUAAUAAAAACUUUUGGAUCCAA